ACCAUAGUCUCAUAUACAUAUUAUUCAACUACAAAUCAUGGAAAAAUUUCUAUUAGCCUUCACUAUCUUUCUCUCAUCAUUCAUUUACUACAUAAUUUUCCGGCCACUUUUAAACCGUCGCAAAAAACUCCCUCCAUCUCCUCUAUUUAAGCUUCCAAUCAUAGGCCACAUGCAUAUGCUAAGUCCCAUUCUCCACAAAUCGUUUGACAACCUCUUCCAUAAAUAUGGACCCUUAUUCUCUCUUAAUUUGGGUUCUGUUCUCGUCGUUGUCGCAUCCACUCCUCACUUCGCGAAACAAAUCCUUCAAAUCAACGAACACGCCUUUCAUAAUCGCGAUCAUUCGGCCGCUAUUAAGCGUCUCACCUACGAGUCAUCUCUAGCUUUUGCACCUUAUGGUGACUAUUGGAGAUUCAUUAAGAAGCUUGCUAUGAGCGAGCUUCUAGGUGCUCGUAGCGUUAACAACUUUAAAUACUUACGAUUACGUGAGACACAUAGUCUCCUUAAGCUUUUCGCUAACAAAGCGAAAAGCUAUGAGACUGUGAACGUGGCUCAAGAGUUACUUAAGUUGUCAAACAACAUCAUUUCUAAAAUGAUGUUGGGAGAAGCUGAAGAAGCUCGGGAUGUUGUGCGUGACGUGACACAAAUUUUCGGCGAGUUUAAUGCGUCCGAUUUUAUCUGGCUACUUAAAAAACUUGAUUUACAAGAGUUUGGGAAAAGGAUUGAGGAUUUGUUUGUAAGAUUUGAUACGUUGGUGGAAAGUAUUAUUAGUAAACGCGAGGAAGUGAGGAAGAACAAAGAAAGAGUGAAAAAUAAGAAUGAGGAAGGUGUUGAAUUUAGAGACUUUCUUGAUAUCUUGCUAGAUUGUGCUGAGGAUGUGAAUUGUGAAGUUAAAAUUGAAAGGAUUCACCUUAAAGGCUUGGUUAUGGAUUUUUUCUCAGCUGGAAUAGACACAACAGCAAUUGCAACAGAAUGGGUUUUAGCAGAACUCAUGAACAACCCUUCAUUGCUCCAAAAAGCUCGUGAAGAGAUAGACACAGUAGUAGGAAAAACCAGACUAGUAGAUGAAUCUGAUUGCAUAAAUCUUCCUUAUCUCAAUGCCAUAAUGAAGGAAACAUUCCGUCUCCAUCCCCCGGUACCUAUGAUCGCCAGAAGAUGCGUAACAACAUGCAACAUCGAAAACUACGUGAUCCCAGAAAACAGUUUAGUCAUUGUGAAUAACUGGUCUAUGGGAAGAAAUCCAGAAUAUUGGGACAAACCAUUAGAGUUUAACCCUGAGAGGUUUUUAGGAAAGUCCAAUGAGGGGGUUGAUGUGAAGGGACAAAAUUUCCAGAUAUUGCCGUUUGGGUCAGGAAGAAGGAUGUGCCCUAGUGUUGGUUAUGCCAUGCAAGCGUUACCAGCUUUGUUUGGUGCUAUAAUACAGUGUUUUGAUUUUCAUGUGGUGGGUUGUAAUGGUGAGAUUAUGAAGGGUGAUGAUAUUGUUAUUGAUGGGAAUGAAAGGCCAGGGUUGACUGCUCCUAGGGCUAAUGAUUUGGUUUGUGUUCCUGUGGAAAGGGUUGAAUGUAGGGAACUGCUUCAAAAUCUUGGAUGUUAAUUGUGUGCUGUCAUGUGCGCGUGUGGUCUAGCGAUGAAACGCUUGAGUUCUGAGAGUGUGUUCCUCUCAAUGUCUCGGAUUCAAAAUCUGCUAGAUACAAAUUGUUUAUUAAAAAAAAUUGUGUGUUAUUUUAAUAGGUUGAAUAUUAUUUAAAUAAUAAGUUGCAUGUCUUAAUAAUUAAUAUGAAUAAGUUGGAUAUAUCAGCAUGUGAUAUGGCACACUCCUUGCAACUAUCAGCUUACUAUUAUCCAUUUUAUAAAAUAAUAUGUUAAGUAUUGUAUUUUAUUUUUUUGUUUAGAUGCUCAAUUGAGUGAAUCUCCAAUUAUCAAAGGUGUUGUAUUUUAUUCUCCAAA